GCCACAGUGCCACACGGACAAAGACAAGUCCACGAAAUUUCGUGAUAGGGGUAAAUUCGUCCAUCAAAUAAUAGGAUUAUAAACACAUAAGAGGUCAAUUUUGUCUUUAUAUCAAAUUUUAUCGAAGUGCAUCAUCGGACUCAGCUACGUCUCGGGUUGUAGCGUUUCUUUGGUGGUCAAGCGGAUAAGGGAAGCUUCACAGCAUUAUCUCUUAGUUUCAAUAUAUUUUGAAGCUAAGACAUGGCAGAAAAAGCAUGUGUAAAGCGCCUUCAGAAGGAAUAUAGAGCACUUUGUAAAGAAAAAAGUCCUCCUAAAGUGUGAAACUACCGCAAAUCACCAGGAAUGUUUGAAAUAAUAUUUUGUCUACCCUUGUGCACAGUACCACAUUGAAUUCCGGUUGCCAUAAUAUUUGUUAAUUAUGGGAUGGAACCCGUCUCCCAUGUUGUGGCCCGCCCUUCUCCGAAUGAUAUCCUUGAGUGGCAUUAUGUUUUGGAGGGGAGUGAAGGAACACCAUUUGCAGGUGGAUAUUAUUAUGGGAAGAUCAAGUUUCCUCCAGAAUAUCCGUUUAAACCUCCAGGGAUAAGUAUGACUACUCCAAACGGAAGAUUCAUGACACAAAAGAAAAUCUGCUUAUCUAUGAGUGACUUCCAUCCAGAGAGUUGGAAUCCGAUGUGGUCUGUGUCAAGCAUACUCACAGGACUUCUCUCAUUUAUGAUGGACAAUAGUCCUACCACAGGCAGUGUAUCGACAACAGUUGCUGAGAAAGAGAAGCUCGCGAAGGCUUCUCUGGCUUUUAAUUGUAAAAACCCAACCUUUAGGAAAUUAUUUCCAGAGUAUGUCGAGAAGUAUGAACAGCAGCAGCUCCCAACGCAGCCUGUUCCAGAGCAGGUACCAUCCGUGACAGCUCGAGCAGAACAGUCUAGACCCUUGUUAGAAGAGCAUGACAAUUCCACAAAGGAUGAAGUGAAUAGAGUGAAGCCUCUAAAAGACGCCAAUAACCAACAGAGGAAAUCUUUCCCAACUUGGUUGUUGCUGUUGCUAGUUUCAAUUUUUGGUGUUGUAAUGGCCCUGCCUCUGCUUCAGCUUUGAUGACUGCAAUCUUGUGUUAUUCGCUACAAUGAAGUACAGAGCACCCUAAAUCGCAGUAAUAUGUUAGUCAUCCCUGCUCUGGUUUCCUGAUAUUUACCUAAUUUUGUAGGUUCUCAUUUACCUAUGGGGAAUGUAUAGGCAUGACUCUAAGUGGAGAUCUAACUGAUCUCUCAAUCUAUAGCUAAAAUGGCUUUUAAUUUCGUA